AAACAACGUCACGCCGGUGUCCGGGCACAGGACAGGCGCUCAGUUGGCCAGCAGUCGGGCGAUCGUGCGUUUAAAUGCCAUUUCAUUGGUUGCGAGAAAGCAUACAAACGAUCAGGUGAUCUGCAAAGACACCGAUUGAUACACUCGGGCGACAAACCAUUCAAAUGCCCGUUUGUUGGCUGCGACUACCGGUGCGUUCAGCGCCAUCGGCUGAGCGCUCACACUAACCGACAUCUGGGUGUCCGGCCGUACGUAUGCGCUGUCGACGAGUGUCGCAAAGCGUUUCUCUCUAAAAGUAACUUAAAAGAACACCGAUUGGUCCACUCGGACGCCCGGCCCCACCCGUGCCCUCACCCGCGCUGUACUCAACGGUUCAAAACUAUGACAAGGCUUUGCAACCAUCGGGUGGCUGUUCACCAA